GUCUAGGGAGUCACCAGCCGGGGGAGGUUGUAGAUCUUGGGAUACAUGUAUUUCUACUUGGCUACAUGGACGUAGGUAGGCUCUGGACGUGCAUUGUGCAUCACAGAACAGACCUUACUGCACCUUUCGUCCUUCAAGCUACGUGCUCCUAGUCGCAGGGCUCUGCACAAAAUUACCACCUAUUCAUGUAACUUCCCAGAGAGAGACCCCAUUAUACAGCUCGUCAUGUCAACUAGUGCAGCUCCUGCUCCCCAAGGGACCGGGGUCUUCUCGACCUCGGGGCUCGUGGCUCUGGUGACGGGAGGAGGCACAGGUAUCGGCCUCAUGAUGGCUCGGGCCCUGGCCGAAGCCGGAGCCUACCGGGUGUACAUCUCGGGCCGCCGCACAGAGGUGCUACAGGCAGCCGCCGAGUCCAUCGGACUGCCGGGCGUGGUGGUGCCUCUGGCGUGCGACGUUACGUCGGCCGAGUCGCUCGGCGCGGCUGCGCAGGCGGUCGAGAAGGACGUCGGGUUCCUGAACCUGCUCGUGUGCAACUCCGGGGUCGGCGGGCCGCCCUCGGUGCCGCAGCUCACGGCCGAGACGACGCUGGAGGAGUGGAGGGACGCACAGCUCACCGUCGACCCGGCCGAAUUCGACCGGACCUUUGAGGUCAACUGCCGGGCCGUCUGGUACACCUCCAUGGCGUUCCUCAAGCUGCUGGACGCGGGCAACAAGAAGGGGAACGUCUCGCAGUCGUCACAGAUCGUCGUCACAAGCUCUGUCGCGGCAUUCAACAAGAAAGCCCCUGGCGGCUGGGCGUACGGCAUGUCCAAGGCGGCUGUGACCCACGCAGUCAAGCAGCUGUCCGUGCUUCUUCCCCAGUGGGGCAUCCGCGUCAAUUGCAUUGCGCCGGGCCUCUUCCCCAGCGAGAUGUCGGCCCCUAUCGUACAGAAGGCAACGCGGACGGCGGGCUGGGACGAGAGCAAGCCGAUACCCAUUGGGCGCGACUCGGUGCCCCUGGGAAGGAUGGGCAACAGCGACGAGAUGGCCGGCACGAUCCUGUAUCUGGCCUCGAGGGCCGGCGCGUACUGCAACGGGAACAUCAUGCUGGUUGACGGAGGCCGGCUGAGCACCAUGCCUUCGACCGGGUACUGACCGCCUACGGACAAAGUGGCGGCGGCCUUGGUCGCGGAUGGGGCAGGCUCAACUAGCGGCUGCGAGGUUCGGGAUGUUGUGGUCCUUUGGGUUUGUGCUGGAGCCCUUGUGCGAUGGCGUCAAUUUGUUGAGAAACUCAACUACGGACGGGAGCCUUAUCGAGAGAUAACAAUUGGAAAAAGUCAUCCCCACACAAACACUGCUUUUUACUGUGUAUCUGCAGAUUGCAGCCUGGCGCA